AAGUCCGGGCGUUUCUCUCCUCUCCUCUCUCUCUCUCUCUCUAAAAUCCCGAGUGCUCAGCUCUCUCUCUCCCCCUCCUCUUUUCCACUCGCAAAUCUCCCCAAAACCCUAAAACUGCCCCAAAUUCACUUCAAAUUUACUAGAAUUGGCGUCGGAGGCCUCUAAUUGAGUCGGUUCGCUUGGUGAUCUCGAGAGAUUUUGGUCGGAGAGAAGCAGAUCGCGCUUCAAUCGACGGGGUUUUCGCUCUAAUCGAGAAGCUUUUUUCUUUGAAUUUCCACUGAGGUUUCGGUUCAUUCUAGGGUUUUCUCCGGUUGAUCGCCUCGUUCGAGGGAUUCAUCCAUGGAGUAUGGCCCUUCAGAUAGCAGCGGAACUGAUGACGAUCUUCCGCCAUCACAUCAAAACAGGGGUGCAAGAGGAGGACGUGUCACUGGGAAUGGAAGGGCUGUUGUCGGUGCUCCUCCAUUCCCAAGGGCACAGAGUGAUAUGGAGAUCCAAAUACAUCGGCUUGAGCAAGAAGCAUAUACUUCAGUUCUCCGAGCAUUUAAGGCUCAAUCUGAUGCCAUUACUUGGGAGAAGGAAAGUCUGAUAACUGAACUCAGAAAGGAGCUGAGAGUAUCUGACGAGGAACACAGGGAAUUGCUAAGCAUAGUCAAUGCUGAUGAUAUUAUUAGAAGGAUAAGAGAAUGGAGGCAGGCAGGUGGGGCCCAAUCCGGCUUUCUUAGUAAUGCUCAGCCAGUUCAUGAUCCAGCACCCAGUCCCACUGUCUCGGCAUCUCGCAAGAGGAAAACCGCUCAACCAGUGGCUUCUCUAUCUUUGGCUGCACCAUCUCCUGCUAUCCACCCACAACCUGUUCCCACUUCUAUGCAGCCAUCAACGUCCACUGCCAAAAGGGCAUCUGCACCAGCCACAAAGGGCAAGAAGCUUAAAUCAGGUCAGUCAUUGCCAGGUUCAUCUUCCAUAAAAUCUUUACAAUACCCUUUGAGUGGUCCCAGUUCAAGGACCCAAGCUCUUAACCGGACUUCAUGUGGUGCUAUUGCAGCUACUGAAACUGCUGAAGGUCCAAUAUUUGAUCAUCUAAUUGGACGGAAGGUCAUGACGAGGUGGCCUGAAGAUAAUAACUUCUAUGAGGCUGUGAUAACUGAUUACAAUCCAACUGAGGGUCUGCAUCUUCUGGUUUAUGAUAUCAACACAAACAAUGAGACAUGGGAAUGGGUCAAUCUCAAAGAGAUUUCUCCUGAAGAUAUUCGGUGGGAAGGGGAGGAUCCUGGUAUCUCUCAUAAAGUAGCAAGUCGGGGUGGAGCUGGUCGUGGGGCUAAUAAGAAGCCCCCGAUUCGAGGUAGUACACUUGCAGGUGCAGGCAGAGGAAGAGGUUCUCUAAAGAACCAAGCCAAGAAACAGUUUCCUCCAUCACAAAAUGGAAUAGGGAAGAACUCUGGUGACAUUGAGAUACUCCACACAGAUACACUAAUAAAAGAGGUGGAGAGGGUCUUUAAUGCGAGUCACCCUGACCCUCUUGAGAUGGAGAAGGCAAAGAAAGCCUUGAAAGAACAGGAGCAAGCCCUUGUUGACGCAAUUGCAAGACUUGCGAAUGCAUCAGAUGGUGAAAGCGGUAAGUAGACAUGGGCCUAUUUUUCUUCUUAGUUAAAUUUGUACCAGUAUAUGGUUUAUCCAAUUUCAUGGUAAAGGCCAUGCCAGCUUCUAUUGCCUGAAAUUAUGGAAGUUCCUCUGGAUCAACCUGAAUGGUUGAACAUAAUCUGGAAACAUGUGCUCUUAUUUGUUGUUGGAACUUACUUGAUGAAGAACACUUACCAGUUACCAGUAAAUGCUUUAUGGUUCAAAUUUACUCUGUAAACAAAGAUUACAUCAGCUCAUUGUUUACAUUUGGUCUUUUCAAAUUUUGACACCCAUUUCAUUGCUUAUGCUGACGAUAGCCUUUCCCCGCGUGAAUUUAGAUUUCUGGGCUCCUCUCCUAAAACCGAACCUGGAUAGUUUCUCCAUCGGUGCAUUUCCACGCCUAUCAGGUUAUUCUUCAUAGACAAC